GCCGUUCCCGCCGCGCUGCCUCCCCCGCCCGCCCGCCCGCCCGCCCGCAGCCGCGCCGGGCGCGGGGCAUGGCCAGACUCACCGAGGGCGAGGCGAGGAGGCAGCCGCCGCCGCUCCCGCCAGCGCCGCAGCCGCCCCCGCCGCCGCCGCCGCGCCGAGCCUCCCCCAUGAGCAGCAGCGGCGGCGCGGAGCCCCCGGCGCAGCCCGACAGCAUGAAGGACCUGGAUGCCAUCAAGCUCUUCGUGGGGCAGAUCCCGCGCAACCUGGAGGAGAAGGACCUCAAGCCGCUCUUCGAGCAGUUCGGCAAGAUCUACGAGCUCACCGUGCUCAAGGACCGCUACACCGGCAUGCACAAGGGUUGUGCAUUCCUCACGUACUGUGCCAGAGACUCUGCCAUCAAAGCCCAGACAGCCCUGCAUGAACAGAAGACUUUGCCAGGGAUGGCACGCCCGAUCCAGGUGAAGCCUGCGGACAGCGAGAGCCGUGGAGGUAGGGACAGGAAGCUCUUUGUGGGCAUGUUAAAUAAGCAGCAGUCUGAGGAUGACGUGCUCCGGCUCUUUGAACCGUUUGGGGUCAUUGAUGAAUGCACGGUGCUCCGUGGACCUGAUGGGAACAGCAAAGGCUGUGCUUUUGUAAAGUUCUCAUCUCACACAGAGGCUCAGGCAGCAAUCCACGCCCUCCAUGGCAGCCAGACAAUGCCCGGUGCCUCCUCCAGUCUAGUGGUGAAGUUUGCUGACACAGAUAAGGAGAGGACCCUGCGCCGUAUGCAGCAAAUGGUGGGGCAGCUGGGCAUUCUCACUCCAUCUCUCUCCCUGCCGUUCAGCCCAUACAGCGCCUAUGCGCAGGCUCUGAUGCAGCAGCAGACCACGGUUCUCUCCACGUCCCACGGCAGCUACCUGAGCCCGGGCGUCGCCUUCUCGCCGUGCCACAUCCAGCAGAUCGGCGCCGUCAGUCUCAACGGGCUGCCGGCCACUCCCAUCGCGCCCGCGUCAGGGCUACAUUCACCACCUCUCCUGGGCACAGCAGCCAUGCCAGGCCUGGUGGCUCCCAUUUCCAAUGGAUUCACUGGAGUGGUACCAUUCCCAAAUGGGCAUCCAACCUUGGAAACAGUUUACACCAAUGGCCUUGUGCCAUAUUCAGCCCAGAGCCCUUCAGUAGCAGAGACUUUGCACCCAGCCUUCACAGGAGUUCAGCAGUAUGCAGCUGUGUAUCCAACCACCACCAUCACCCCCAUUGCACAGAGCAUCCCCCAGCAGCCUCCCAUCCUGCAGCAGCAGCAGAGAGAAGGUCCUGAAGGCUGCAAUCUCUUCAUCUACCAUCUCCCCCAGGAGUUUGGAGACAACGAGCUGAUGCAGAUGUUCCUGCCCUUUGGCAAUAUCAUCUCCUCAAAGGUGUUCAUGGACCGUGCCACCAACCAGAGCAAGUGUUUUGGUUUUGUGAGCUUUGACAACCCAUCCAGUGCACAGACUGCAAUCCAGGCCAUGAAUGGCUUCCAGAUUGGCAUGAAACGCUUGAAGGUGCAGCUAAAACGGCCCAAGGAUGCCAACCACCCCUACUGACAGCAGGGAGCCAGCAGGAGUCACUUCUGCAGCACAGGUGAAGGGAAAGUCCAGAGGAAGAAUUUCUGCUUCAGGUUGAUUUUCAGAGAGGCCAGUAAAUUUAUCGACUCUUUUGACACCACCCCUUUCCUUCCUCGGCUUCCCACCUUUCCCACCCCAUCUUCCUCCUCCCCUCCUCUCCAAGACAUGCAAUUAAAGAGAAGGCUCAAUAUCUGCCCAGGAGGAAGAUUCUUGCCACGCCUGGACUCGCAUAUUUGCUGCUAACGUGGUGCAAAGCAAAGGGACCAGCAAACCAGCAGCCCCUGGGGCACGGAGCUCUUCCUUGGGGUGUGGCUGGAGAACAUGGACCAAGCAAACCCAUGGUGUGUCUCUAGGUUACUGCAGUGAUGUGUGGAAAUUUAUUUCCCUCCCUCCCUCCCUCCUGCUCUGUUUCUGGCCCUUUCAUAGAUAACUAUAAAUAUAUACAGUCUCUAUUUUUUUUUUAAACUAGCUCACAGGACCAAACUUUUCCAUUCAGAGAGUGACUGCUUGCAAGAGGUGUUGGAAAUUGAGGGGUUUGCCUUUGCAACAGUGUCUUCUCAGCAUGCACUGCAGACAGGCCUGAACAUUUUGGAGAGAGGGAGCUGGGGGUGGGUUGGGGAGAGAAAAAGAGAGAGAGAGAGAGAGGGAGAGGGAGAGGGAGAGCACAUCUCUGCUCAGCAUGAGCAAAAAGGAGAAAUACAUUCCUGCAGGAUUAGGGCACAGUCAGCUGCUCAGCUUGAGUCACUCACCCACCUUAGCACCAGCCUGGUUCAGGAUCUGGAGAGCUCUGUCCUGCCUUUCCAAGGGCUCCUGCAGACCAAGCUCCUGGGAUGUGGUGGCAGCCCCUGCCCUGAGCUCGCUGUGAUCGGGCUGAAAGCACAGAGAGGAGCUGCGCUGCCUCCCCACACACGGCACAGAUCGCGGUGCACAGCUCUCCAUGGCAACUGCAUUUUCCUGGUGCAGGCGGGAGCAGAUGCAGAGGAGGCUCCCAGGGCUGCACACUGCCUCCCUGUGUCCGAUACCAGCACUGGGCACUGGGCACGUUCCUUCCAGGUGACACAGGACGUUUUCUCCCUCUGAAUUCAGCAGCUUUCCCCAGCAGAUGCAAGGAAAACAGGAUGAAAGAGGGUUCCAUUCUGGGAUUUCCCCCCAGCACCCCCUCCAAGAGACAGAUUUUACAUUAUGCAGCAUAUACAUAUAUAUAUACACACAUAUAUAUAUGUAGGGACAGCUCUGUACACUAGAUACACAACUCUAAAGCACAGAAUGUAGUUCAGAACUGGAUUUUAAAAAGAUCCCCUGGGAGUGGGGGGUGUGUGUCAUCCUGCCAAGACACAUCCCUGGAACAGUUUGGAACAGUCUCUUCAAGUUUCUACAAAAGAAAGGAAAGGAAAGCAAGGCAGAACAGACCAACAAACCCCAGAGUGAUAAGGAAUGAACGAUUUCAAUAGUCAGAGUUUGAUAAGGUACCACAAACAUUGUGUGUGUGUGAGGGUGUGUGAGCACAUUGAAAUAGGGACAAGAGAGUUGGUGGGGCAGAGUUGGUGCAAUUGAUACUGAAGUGAGCUAUGGGGAUUUUGGAGAAUCUCGGCCAACUCUCAUUCUCCUCCAGUUUGCCCUUUGUUCAGGUGUUUGUGGCACAGUCCUUUAAGUACCUUCAGAUCUCCUCAACCACCCUUCUGUGUCUGAUGCUGAGAGUUUAUGAGAGGUGAAUGAAGCUGUGAGAGUCUGUGUGUUUCUAUAGUCCAUGUUUACUUAUUGUAAAUACCAUUUUUAUACUUAACAUCUAUUAUGUAUGUGAUUUGUAUAAUGUACUUUAUUUCUGCUACAAGUAAUUUCAUGAAGUUUAAACUUAGUCUAAUUUUGAACAAAACAAAAAAAAAAAAGAAAAAAUAUGAACAAAUGCAAAAUGGGAAAAAAAAAGGACUUUGGGAAUCCUAGAUCAAGCUGGUUUAAAACAAGCAUUUACAGUUUCUUCCAUCACAGUUACUGAUGUGACUGUACAAUGUUACAGGUGCGAUACAAGCUUUGUCAAUGUCAAAUUCCUCACUCUGGUCAAAAAAAAAAAAUCCUAAAUUUAUUUAAUAAAAGUUUUACUUGCUAAGUAA